UUCAUGUGGCAUUUCAUUGAAAAGCCUCAACCUCAGGAACUGCAGAGAUGUGACCAAAAGCAUGAGAGACAGCCAGCCAGACGAGAGAUAGACUGAGGUGUAGAGGUGGAUGGCAGACGAGGGCAUACGGGACACGAGAGUGCCCGCGGGUGGCCAGAAACAGCGGAUGGACGACGCAGAGAGGGACGAUAUUCAGGACGCCCUCGAUGAGGAGGAGGGCCGCGAGGGUGGGGCCAGGGAGGGGGCGGUUGCAGACGAGGCAGACAAGGCAGUCGGAGAACCUAACCUGCCAGGGGAGGAGGUGGUGAUGACGUCGAGAGGCGUCGGUGGAGCGGAUCCUGCUACUAGGGCGCCGCGAGCUGAGGUGGAGCGCGUGAGGAGGGAGAAGAGGACAGUGGGGCAGGCUGGCGUCGAGGUGCCAGACACGGGCAGGGAGAAGAGGGCUUGGCAGACCACGAUUGACGAGAUGUAUGCCAGGGAGAAGUUGGCUGAGUUCACAGACGCGUGGCUUCAGUGGAUCUAUGUGAAGAAGUUGCCAUUCAACGCCUUCCGUGGUCCGGAGUUUCAGAGGGUGUGGCAGGCAGCAGAGAGAGUGCCUCGCUCUAUCCAGAUCCGGUUUCCCUCCUACAGGGUUACAGCGGGCGCCGGUAUCCCUUCGCAGAGGGCGAAGGUGGCGACGAUGGUGAGCGAGGUGCGCGCCACUUUUCGGCACAGCGGUGCCACUAUCCUUUCUGACGGGAGGAAGUCGCGCAGCGGCAAGCCGCUCGUGAACUUCCUCGCCGGGGGCGCCAAUGGCGCCCUGCUGUACGCCACCGUCGCACGUGACGGGUCGGUCCGAGACACAUCGGACGUCGUGUACCGUAGCUGGCGGGCCAUCAUCUUGUCAUUUCCUGCAAAGGACGUGAUCGGCUUCUGCACAGACUCCGCCAGUAACUAUACGGCGGCAACACGCAGGUUCGCCAUAGACCCCGAGCCUGAGAUCAGGAGGAUCACUUGGCUCCCCUGCUGCACCCAUGUCUGCAACUUGAUGUUGUCAGAUAUCGGGACGCGAGUGGUGUGGGUCAAGGAGACCAUCAUCCGCGCUCGAGCGUUUGUGCGAUUUAUUAAAUCGCACGGCGCUGCUCACACCCUGUUUAGGAAGGUGAGCCCUCGCGUUCAGCUCGUCGAGCCCGUUGAGAUACGAUUUGCAUCGGUUUUCCUGAUGCUGACGUGUCUCAAAGGCCGACGAGACGCGUUGGAGAGCAUGUUGCACGGGGAUGCUUGGGCACACAUCCCGUGGGAUCACUCCCACGUAUCUCAGGCGCAGUGGGUGCAGCAGCAGAUCCGGAACGGGGAGUUUUUGCAGCGUGUCCAUUACGUCAUCCUAGUCAUGUCGCCCGUCCACCAGCUACUGCACAGGAUGGAUAGAGGUGGGAUGAUGAUGUCCGUCAUUUACGAGUGGAGUCAGCAUCUGCUGCAGUUGAUGAGCAGGGUCGACGUGCCGACGGACAUGACCGAGCCGUGCGUGCGUGAGGUUACCAUCCACAACCUCCACAUGCUAGAGCCCGCACAUGUCGCGGCCCACCUCCUCAACCCUCGUCGACGGUCCCUCACGUAUUACCAUUCGCUGGAGACGACCGCCGACAACCGCCGUGUGGUCGAGGAGUGCGACAGAUUUCUCCUGGCGCAGACCGGCGGCGAUCCGGUCGGCUUAUUGUAUAGGACCGUGAGGGACCAGAUGAGGGCGUUCCACUCGAGGCGAGGGGAUUGGGGAGAUCGUGACCUCUCCGAUGCCGAGGCGGCCGAUUGCAGGGGGGACAGUGAGACCGAGCGAUGUGCAGCGUGGUGGUUCGAGCAUGGACGUGCCCACCCGGAGUUGCGCACCAUCGCCAUCCGUGUCAAGCACUUGUGGACGUCUGCCUCUCCAGCGGAGAGGAACUGGGCGGAGCACGAGCGCGUCAGCACAGCGAGGCGCUGCAAGCUUGGGUUCGCCAAGGUUGCACAGCUGGUUGAGAUUGCCACCAAUCUCAAACUGGCCUCGUGCGCACGGCAGGGUGGUGGCUACGUGUUGCCAUGGGUUAUGGGGACCGGUCGGGGGGGGACGGCGGCAGAGGAGGAGGAUGAGGAGGGAGAUGUGGAGCCCGAGGUGUGGGGAGCGCGACCUGAUGGCAGUGUUCUCGAGCAGGAGAUCCAGCAGCAGAUUGUCGCUUUCCGUGACAGCCGACCGUCCAGAGCCCGUUCGGUUCGGGACGUGUUCGGCAGCAGAGCGACGGAGCUGCGACCGUGGCCGGAGGGUGGGGAUGAUGUGGACGCUGCUGCGGCAGGCGACGACAUCGACGACGACUGGACUGACGAUGAUGACACGCCGCUGAGUCGCAACCCGACGGCUGAGCGAGUGUACUUCACUUACGGUGGGGGUCGUGAUGGCAUGGAUUCACAUACAUCAGUUAUCACUGGUGGUGUGUCGUCGACCGCGCAGGCGAGUGGCAGCAGCAAAGCCGGUGGUGGUCUUGGAGGACAUUCGCAUGCGGAGGUUCGCAUGGACGACUCGGGAGAGCAGCAGCCAAGGGGAGGUCUUCGGCACACAGGCAGGCGUUGGGAGGUUAGGAGCGACAACGAGGCCGAGGGGGAGGCCGAGGAUGAGGAGGUGCACCUUCGCGAUCGUCGCUUCUCUCCCUCCCAUCAUCUGAUCUCUUCACGGCCCGAGGCACUUAGGCGUUCGGAGAGGUUGGCGUCGGCAGCAGGCAGAGACCGGACACAUGACGACGAGGUUCGUGGGGGGGAGAGGACUCCUUCUGACGCCGGUAUUCGCCCCCGCUCGCCGUCGGUGCUCCGCACACAGGACUUCGAGGACAUAGGGCUUGGUGGGAGCUUGGGAGAUUUGAGUGUCGAGGGACGUCGACGUGCCUCACCGCAGGAUGUGCGCACAGACGAGGACGUUGAGCGGAGCCCUGUUGAGACUGAGGAGGAGAGGGAUGCCCAUUUGGACCGAGAGGAGGAGGAGCGGCUGAGGAGUUUGCCACGGUGGGAGGGUCGGUUCGCGUAUCUCGACGAGCAGCGUCGAGAGAGGGACUUGGAGACAGGAGGGGGGGGGAGCCGUGACGUCGACGACUCGGGUGUCCCUGAGGAGGCGGUUCAGGGGGAGUUCGAUUAUGAGGGGCAGGAUGCCGCCGCGGGUGGUGGGUCAGGUGGUGGACGACGCGGUGACGAGGAGACCGCGGGUGUCCCUGAGGGGCAGGAUGUUGUCAUGGGCGGUGGGUCCCCUAGUGGGGGCCGUGGCGACAGCGAGACCGCGGGUGAUGAGGGACAGGGUGCUGCAGUGUGCGGCAGAGGAGAGGGUGGACCCGGUGGGGAUGGGGACACCGCGGGUGUCGGUGGAGACGAUGGACCGGACGACGACGAUGACGACGACCACGGUCCCGAGGACGAUCCGUAUAGGCUCGCCUUGGUGUUGAGGGAUCCCACAGUGCCUCCGUUGCGCCCUGCCGACACAGCGCACACUUUCUUCGACGCCGACGCUUUGACGCAUGCGUUGACGGAUGACCCUUUCGCACACGUGAGCCGCAAGAGCGGCAAGCAGAGGGCCCCUGGGAGGGUAUAUUCACCGCCGCCGUUCACAGUGCAAAGCCCUCAUCGGUCGGGUUCGUCGCUCAGCGACGUUAGAGGGAGGGAGUCCAGUGCGGGUGAGGUGGGGUCCGGCAGACGCAGCGACGGCGGUAGAGAUAGUGCGGGAUCGAUGCCUCCACCGCCCGCACGGACUCCGGAGGCCAGGGUCGACACCGGGGACCGAACGGUGGCACCUGGAGUUGCGCACAGUGGCGGUUUCCCGCCACCUGUCCGAGGAGGUGAGGGUGGCGGAUGGUCAGCUGUUCGUCGGGUCGGGGACCGGUUGCGGGCGGAUUACGACGCCGGGAGGGGCGUCUUCACGGGACAUACGCCUGUUCAGACGCAGGCUGCGGAGGGUGGGUCCGGACGUCCGAGCCUGCAGAUGGCAGGCCGCAUGCUUGGUUUGUCACGAGUGGAGAUGAGGAGGACAUUGGUCCUCGAGGCUGCAGGGACAUCCACGGACAGGCUGCGGGGAGAGCAGUUCACAUCGGGCGAGGAGGGGUUGUCGAUGCGUCCCGGGAUGAGACGACAGCAUGGCCUCUCGGAGCUUGAGGCUCGACUCGCUGCAGGGGUCGUCGCUGGGUAGGCAUCAUUGAACGCGAUUCAGGGGGAGAGAGAGAGGGGGAUUGUUGCACAGGUGGAGGAGGACGAGGACGCAGACACUGAGUCCGAGUCGAUCUAGACUGCGGCACGCAGACACAGGGCACAGCUGGCCGCGGCGGCCACUGCGGCACAUGCGGCAUACGUCAGCGGGGCACGGGGCACAGGUGACGGAGGGAGAGGAGGGCGCCGGGGAGGACCGCAUGGCCGCACGUCCUCCGGGAGAGGCCGCGCACGCUCUGGUGGGAGAUGACGACGUCCGUGGUGUUUUUUGCUACUCGGUUGUACAGUACAGACGAC